AUGCCACGUCGGCCCAAUGCGUUGAGUAUGACGGGGCCCAAACGCUUCUAUACCGCUGUGAUGGGCCUCAUACGGCGGCGGAGUGUACGCAAAAGGGGGGGCGGCUCGGAGUCCCCCGGCAGUGACGCGUCGUCGAGCGGCUCCACGGAGUCCCCGCCGCCCGCCACCGUCCGCAGAGAGAGGCAGCAGAUGGGGAAGGGUGUGCAGGAGAAUAGCACGGGGCAGAACGUGCCAGCGGAGAAGUAUCGAGAACAAGAUGAUGUGAAUAGUCGUGGACGGCGGGGCACGUCUCGGAGUUUUGGGAGCCCUUCGGCUCUGGCGCGGGUCAACGGGGGCCCUCGAGAAGGUGCUCCCGGGGGAUCUUACCGGAAUGGUACCAUUUAUUACGAUGACAAUUUGUCACCCGACGAGAUCCCCUCCGAAGGCGGCGUGGGUGAAGGGUCUUUGUAUAUAGAUGGCUCCCAGCCCCAAAGAAGAGAGCCGCAGCAAUCGCUGCGGAAUGGUUACCACUCUUUAUUUAAUCAGCGGUUGCCCACCAUUGUGAGAAAGCCAUUCGGUGGUACUUGCGUCAAUGCAACGCGAAACGAUACGACCACUAGCUUGUAUAAAGCGCCGCCUUCUGAUCUCUCGAUGUAUUGUCCUCAAUCGGAAUCGGCGUAUGAAACAGAAAACGUGGGGAUUUAUGGAGGAGUGGAAGGCUCGUUCUUCUUUCCAUCCUCUGGUGCACCCCAAACUGAGGAGGAUGUGAGAGAGGCACAGCUUGUCUUACCGCCACUGCACGGGCAGUCUGCAAGUGGUAUUUAUUCCACACUAAAUGGCCCUCCGGAUACUUCCGCUGUAAGCAGCAAUGGCUGCUCUUUGAUGCGUAGUCGCGCCGACGUUAGCGGAGCGCAAAUCCAUUCAGUGGGAUACUCGAAUCCCUACAGCUCCAUAUUUGAUAUUCAGUGCUUUAAUCGAAAUUUGGGGGCAUAUGAUGAUUCAGAUAGUGACGACACGCAAAGCAGUGGUAGUGAUAGCGACUCCUCACAGGGAAACUAUACGAUCGGCCAACAGCAGAACGAAGGACGUUCCAUUAUAUCCCAGUAUAACACAAGCUAUACGGAGUUCCCUUUGAAGGGGGAGAACAUGCGUCCGGACGAUGCGUUCUUGUUCUCGGAAUGGCUGGAGCACAGCCAACUAUCACACCGUGCGCCCAUGCAGGGGAGGCAAUACAACGGCAAGGAACCCCUAACCAGCGCGCACGACGACCAAGACAGAGGUGGCAUGCGCUUUGGCACGGGAGGUGUGACGCAGGGGUCCGCUUGUUACUUCCUGCCCGAGUGGGAAUCCGUUCCUCAGACCCACAAUGUCACCAUGCGAGCGGAUCCGCGGACUUUCAAGCGUGUCGACUCACCAACGUGGAGCCUCCUCUAUAAACUAGACGUCACAGAGAGGGGUGAGACGAACGGCAAGUCCGUGGCCCCUGAACGGGGCGCAGUCAGUAGUAUCCCGCUCUUCCCCUGA